UGUGGCUAUAAUUGUCCCAAAAUCAUGGCUUGGAUUUCUCAAAACUAGUUUGACAAUUAAGUGAAAUGGUAACACUUAUGUGGGUAUGCAAUCUACUUCAAGAAACUUUCAAAUCACCUUAAUCUCCUUAUCUCCGACCCGGUUAAGCAAACUUUGUGACGAAGCUAGUUUAAAUAUUGCAUUGUGUCUUCGAUCUCCCUGAGAGAAAUUUGCUGAAACCGUCAGUCAAUGUCCCAUGCAAUGAUGAAUCAUAUUAUAUACGACGUUUGCUCAAAGUUACGCACAGAAUUACAGGAGCCAUCGCGAAGAGAACAUCAAAUUCUUAAGAAAACUGCUUGGUAAGUUUGACUGUAUAUUUCAAUUUAAUGUAUAGGUAGUGUGUUCAAAUUAAGGCCAUUUCAACUAUACCAGCUCGACAUCGCGGUUGGUCCACAGUGCAAUCAAUUAUCCUACAUUAUUGGAUACAGCAUUGUUGGGUCUGUUAAUUUCAUAUAUGCAUGUUGGGUAAUGUUGGAUUAGGUUUGACUUUGGUAAAAAAAUUUCGCUCCAAAAGCAUUCUUCAGUGUUGUAUGCAUAUGCAGCAUUAUUGGAUUCGUUUAGUUGAACAUUAUGAUGGGUAAUGUUGAUUUGAUAUUGCAAAAUAUUGAUGAAGUUUGAUUUUGUUCAAAGUUUCCACCCAAUAUCACGUCCUAAGUUUGUUUUGUAUAUUUUUUGUAGUUUAUCACAACGUCAACCAUUUCACUCCUGGUUUUUAUUUUGCUAACAUUGCCUAGACUGCUUGCUGAUUUCUUUAUAUUUUCUAUAUAAUAUACUACCAACUAAAAUUCUGAUAUCCCUUUAUUGGAAUACACUUAAUAUAAUACAGUAAUAUACUUUCGACUGCGUUUCAUGCAGGAUUUGGUGAACAUUUUCCCUUAUCUCAUGGUUAAGUUUGCCAUUUCAUUAUUAAUAUUAGUGAUUAUACAGUAUUCCACAUAUCUGCUUUAAACUACCCUACUGUUUUCUUAUAUUUAGAAGUAAUUCAGAAAUUAUACUCAGACUGAAAUGUAUUUCAAAGUCUUGGUACUCUUUUUGGCGUUGCCGUUUUUGCUGGUAAGUAUAUGCCGGCAUGUUGGUAAGUUUGUAUGUUGUAUGAAGCAUGCAUGGUAGCCUGUUCGAAUGAAAUGUUAGAUAACUAGACAGGGACUAGCUAAGCCAUGUUUAUACUGUAAACUUUGGCUUUGCCUGAACCAAACCAAGAUCAAGCCAAGGUAAUUGUAUACCUUUUUUUGGUGUACACUAAAUAAGCAUUAUAUUUGCAUUAUAUCAUUAUUUAUCGACCAAUCAUGAAUAGAUCAGCUUAAGGUGGCUCGAUACAGUUUUCAAAAAUUCAGGUGUUUAAUACUUUGACAUGUUCAAACUACGCAUUUUUAGGAUUUAUUCAGCAGAUAUUGUGUUUUUUAUAUAUUUUGAUAACUCUACUUUCAAAUUAUAUUCGUUUUAGUAACAGAUAGUUCGUUGCUAUGACGACAUACGUAUACGAAAUUGACUCCAAAAUGGCCUAUCGUCUCGUAUAGUUGGAAAAAAAGCAUGGUGACCCCCAAUUUUUUUUCGUGCAUUAUUUUACUUGGACGAAAAGCUAACAAUUAGCAAAAUAUAAAAAAAUUCUGUAAUGCCAUUUUUUUGGAAAAUGCAAAAAUGUCAUAUUCUUCGGUAAAAUUUUUGUUUGCAUUACAGAAUUUUUUAAUUUUUUGUAUAAUGAAAGUUUUUAGCGGUGCAAUACAGCAUGUAAAAUUUGAACAUAGGUCACCAGACAAAAUAAAGAGAUAUAACGCAUCGUUUUUCUAAAAUAGAAAAUUCUAAUGACGUCAGCAAUUGCCAUAAAACGCUACAGAACACGCGCAAUGGCGUGAUAUGGCGCGAGCAACUGCUCACGUCAGGUCAUUUUGGAAGUUCUUUGAUUUUGUUAAUCAGUUUCCGCGACCUGCGCGUAAAAAUGGUCACCCGGUUUUGAGUUCGCGAUUCUUGAGCAGGGUUUUUGUGAUAACUAUAUCGAGCCACCUUAACUAGGUAUGCAAAUUGCCAUUUCAAUGUUUAUUUGCACUUUUGAGAAAUGCAAUACAGUAAAGCCCCACAUAAAAGGACUAGUAGGUUAAGAAACACCAGCCUGAAAUUUGGGUAAUUAAGCACCCAAAAUACAAGUUUUUAAAAGUUUUUUUUUUAAGUUUAGAUAUAUGUAACGAGAACCACAUUAGUGUUAUAGCAAUAGUUUUAUGCAACAACAGUCCCUAUUAAUGUGUAGAAUAGAAAAAGGUAUAGUGUGAAGUAAGAUUAUAUAAGAACCACUUCAGCCUGGAGUCAAUAUUUACUCGUUCUUUUAUGCUGGGCUUUACUGUAUUUUGGUUUCAUUGGUUUAACUCUCAAAAGUGUAAAUAAACAUUGAAAUGGGAAAUUUUGCAUACCAAAUUUAAGUUGGUUUACUUGGUCUAUUGCUAUAACUUCUGUUGAGAAAUUCAAGUCACCAUACUGUGAAUUAAACUAACAUGAACUUGAACAGUUAAUAAAUUCAAUCAGUUCACAUUUGUUGUGAAGAGGGUAGAUGAUUUGAAGAGCGAGUGUGCAUGGGUGGGCUUAUUUAAGAGGGUUUAAUAGAUUAUUUACACGGACUGACGAUGUAUGUAUUAUGUUUAGGGUUACGACGCCUUACAACAAACUAAACGUGACGAGCAAGCACCAGAUCAUCCAGAUGAAAGUCCAAUAAUUGAAGAAACUAAGGGUGAGGAUGAAAACACGAAAGCUGAUACUAAACGCAGUCUCAAAGGUUAUCGUAGUAAAACGAAACAAAGUUUUGGAGAUCUUAGCUUGGAAUUGGCAAAGCUGCAUGUAAGUUAAAUUUUUGGCUGAAAAUUGUUUUUCAUUCCAUAACCAGAAGGGGUUUCCUCCUGUAUAGUAACACUGGAUCAAUAAGGACUCUCACUGGACCCCUAGGAAGAACAGUUUAGAACUGAUAGAAUUAUCCAGUAUAAAUAAAGUUAGUUUAGCUUAGGUUUCCUCCUUUAGUAACACUGGGUCAAUAAGAGAUGAUCUUUACUGGACCUCUAGGAAGGACAGUUUAGAACUGGUAGAGCUAUCCAGUAUAAAUAAAGUUAGUUAAAUUUAGGUUUCCUCCUGCAGUGACACUGGAUCAAUAAGAGAUGAUCCUUACUGGACCUCUAGGGAGAACAGUUUAGAACUGAUAGAGCUAUCCAGUAUAAAUAAAGUUAUUUUAGUUUAGGUUUCCUCCUGUAGUAACACUGGAUCAAUAAGAGAUGUUCCUUACUGGACUCUAGGGAGAACAGUUUAGGACUGAUACAGAUAUCCAGUAUAAAUAAAGUUAGUUUAGUUUGGGUUUUCUCCUGUAGUAACACUGGAUCAAUAAGAGAUGAUCCUUACUGGACCUCCAGGAAGAACAGUUUAGAACUGAUACAGAUAUCCAGUAUAAAUAAAUUAAGUUUAGUUUAGGUUUCCUUCUGUUGUAACUUGUAACACUACAUCUUUGCUGAACCUCUAGGGAAGAAAUUUUGGUGUUUGGAACAUAAUGAAUUAUUCAGUAUUUAAAAAUUUGGUUAUGUAGAUACUGGAAGAAACCGUGAAAAAAAGUAAAGCCAUAACCAGUUUGCAGGAUGAAGUUAAUGAGAAUUCCCAAGGUAAAAUGUCUUAAGAACUGCAUAUUUUUAUAUAUUUUAAAGAAUAUCUUCUUAUAUUGAAGCAAUUAAUUUUAUUCAUACUGUGCGACUGAAUAACUGAUAUUAAGUACUUUUUCGUUUUAAUUUUGAACCUUCAGUUUGUGCAGUUCAUAAUAUUUUAAUCUUGUGGUUUAAAUUUCUUUUAAUCUUGUGGUCUAAUUCCGAAGCGAGUUCAAAUUUGCCUCCCUCGAAAAAACAAUAUUUUUUUUUUCUGCAGCAUUGGGAUUGGAAUGAAAAGAUUUCAUAAAACUUCAUGUACCAACUUAUCGCGGACGUUCCUGUCAUUAUUUAUCAUGUUUAAUAUUAUUUUGUUAUCUUGUACUUGUAUACAAAAUCCAUUUAGACAAGUGCACCAAGAUUAAGAAAGUGGGUGAACCAAUCGUACAUCACCAUUCUGGAUAUUAUUACGGAACAUGGAUGAGAGAUCCUCUUGGAUUGCUUGGUCCAGAGAAGAUUUGGUACAUGAAUAACUUUUAUGGGAAUAAAGUUUUGGAAUUUGAAGACAUGGAUCACUUCAAAGCUGGAGAGGUUGCCAAAACUUACACCCUACCAUAUGGUUUUGAUGGUUCAGGAUCUGUUGUCUAUGGACGGUAUCUUUACUUUAACAGGUCUGUACCAAUCAGUUUGGCCUUAUACAGGGUGUAUAAAAAAAACUGAACAGAUUUGAAAUUGCUCUCAAUUUCGCAAAACACCUAUUUGUAUCCGGUUUUUUAUGUAUAUAGCUUCUUUGAGCACUUAUAAUGUAGAAUAAUGAAAAAAAAUUCUCGAACUCAAAUUUUGUGAACUAGGGGUGUGUGUCUUUUCCAACAAACUAAAAAUGGCUUGCGCACAAAAUUUAAAAGUUGUAAUCAUAUUUUGAGUUAAUAGAUGGAAAAUGUGUCGGGUUUUUAAUUACUGUACAAAAUUUCAGACAAUUUGGUUUAGUUUAAGCCCCUUUAACUAUUCACGCAAAGUUACAUUUUUCCUAAAAAUCAUCUGUUUGCAUGCUUAAUAUUGCCUUUGCCUAAUUUGCAUAUGUCAGCAAUAUGCAAAUUAGGUAAAGGCAUUAAUUAAGCAUGCGAAAGGCUGAUUUUUUAAAAUAAAAUGAAUAGUUAAAGGCUUAAACUAAACCAAAUUGUCUGAAAUUUUGUACAGUAAUUUGAAACCCAACAAAUUUUCGAUCUAUUAUCUCAAAAUAUGAUUACAACUUUUAAAUUUUGUGCGCGAGCCAUUUUUAGUUUGUUGGAAAAGAUACACCCCCUGGUUCACAAAAUUUGAGUUUGAGAAUUCUUUUUCAUUAUUCUACAUUAUAAGUACCCAAGGAAACUAUAUAUGUAUAAAACACGGAUACAAAUAGGUGUUUUGCGAAAUUGAGAGCAAUUUCAAAUCUGUUCAGUUUUUUUUAUACACCCUGUAGAACAAGAAUUGUUCAUUGAAAUGUUUUUCAUUCAGUUAGAAUCAUGUCUAUUGUGGGACACUUUUUCCUGUAUAAUCAAAAUUCUAGAAAAUUGGCUUUAAUUAAGACGGAAUGUAUCUUUUGCCUAAAUGUAUACGUUCUCUUAAUGACCUAUACAAAUUUAUGUUACAGGGCAAACUCGAAGUAUAUCGUACAGUACGACUUGGUUAAAGAAAAGGUUACCAGGCAAGCAUAUCCUCAUGGGUCAAUUAAGCCACGAAAGUAUUAUUAUCCAUUGAGUAGCCGCAACACAAUGGAUUUAUCAGUGGACGAAAGCGGUUUGUGGGCUUUGUAUUCGUACUCGAGUUACAGUGGAAAGUUGUGUGCCACCCAGCUCGAUCCUUUGACCCUGUCAACCCUGCAUACUUUCUGUCGUGUGUCCUCUGAGCCCAUGACGAGCAUGGGAAAUGCAUUUGUCGCAUGUGGUGUUGUUUACAGCAUCGACACUUACAGUUCUGGCACAACAACAAUCAACUACGCCUAUGAUACUACUACCAGAUCUGGGACCAAUCCAGGCAUCAAAUUUGUCAACAAGUUUGGAUACAACAGCAUGGUCACAUACAACCCUCGUGAGAAGGUUCUUUACGCCUGGGAUAACAAACGCCAAAUAACAUACCCAUUGGAAUUUGAGUGAAACAAACUGAACUUGAGCGAAGGAUAAAUGAAACGGACACGAAUAUGGACACGAUUUACGAAACUUCUUUUUUUAACAAAGCAUUAGUUGAUUGAAGAGUAGUUUAGAUUGAAUCAUAUACACCACAACCCUAUACUUCGUGGUAGUUCAAAUGUGGGGAUUUAGUGUAGGUAGUGUUCUUCAAUGAACAGUUUGGGUGUUAGUUGAACUAUCAAAUACUUCAUACAUAGUAUAUGCAUACUUUGCGUUGCAUUCAAAAUUAGUCAUAAAAUGACUUUUGUUGUUUCAAUCUUUUAGUUAAUACAGCGAGUACAAACAAAAUACAGACUUCAGAGUAUUUCAUUUCUGC